GCUCACCAACCAGCAAUUAUCUGGCGAGCGCCCGUGGCCGAACAACCAAACGUGCUCUCCAAUUUAACCGAUUGCUUUUUUUCUUUUUCGUUAAAUCGUGAAUCAAUGUCUGGACUUCCGAGUCAAGUUUGACCUUCAACUCUGGAUUACUCGUGGGUGUAAACCUCGUAUUACUUGAAGAACAUUAACGGAGGAAUAAAGAAAAACAAGUUUUAAGCGUGAAAUAAAUAAAAACAACAAAAUUGAAGAAAAGUGUGAAGUGAUGGCACAAGUGAUGCAGUAUCAGCAGAUGGGAAUGCCGACGAUGAUGUCGCCGAUGCCGGGAAUGACGCCGAUGUCUUCCCUGUCGAUGCCCAGUUCGUCGUAUCCAAUGGAUUACGGUGCGCCCUCGAUGCACUAUCACUCGUACAACCCCCCGAUCCCGAGUCAUCAUCUUCAGGGGAGUCAGCCUUCCUACUGGUUCCCCAGUUCAUCUCACAGUCAGAUCGCCGAGCCUCUGACACCCCCGUCCUACUCGAUGCCGCCACUGCCGGCAACCACCACCUCCUGGACGACGCAGACUCACCUACCUCAGGCGCAACUCGGCUCAGUCCCGCCAAUUCAGCCUUACAAUCUUCCUCCGAGUCCUCCAGAGCUUCCGUCCAGUCCGCAAGGCCACACAAGCCCUUACCAGUGGCCGCUGACACCUCCUGCGGACCACAUUCUCUCGGAGGAGACGAAGCCCGGAAGGAAGUGCACGAGAUGCCGCUGUCCAAAUUGCCAGGUCGACGGGGGCAAUCAGGUCGGCGCUGACGGCAAACGUCAACACAUUUGCCAUGUUCCAGGCUGCGGCAAAGUUUACGGGAAGACGUCGCACCUGAAGGCGCACCUCAGGUGGCACACGGGCGAGAGGCCCUUCGUAUGCAACUGGAUAUUCUGCGGAAAACGCUUCACCCGGAGCGAUGAACUCCAGAGACAUCUCAGGACGCAUACUGGGGAGAAACGUUUCGCCUGUACCACCUGUGGCAAACGCUUCAUGAGGAGUGAUCAUCUGACCAAACAUGUGAAGACUCAUGAGAACCAGAAGAGGAAGACGAAGAAGGAUAAGGAGAAUCAGCCUGUCAAGCCGGAUUUGCCUGUCAUUCCGCAGCAGUUCAUGCCGAUGGUGCCGUAUCCGAUUGUUUAAAGUGGGAGAGAGUGCUUGGAGAGUCGAUUGUAGUCUCGUUUAUUUCGCUGGUGAACUCCAGUAUGAAGAAUUAUUCAGAGGAAUUGCAUAUAGUUUUUAAAUUGGCGGAGUUUACUGAUGACUGAUCGAGGUGCUGUGACAAUGUGCCUAUUUUGUUUUUUAUGUCAAAUGUAAAAAGUCAAAUGUUUGUAUAUAAAAUAUUGCCAUGAAGAGAAGUUUCUAUUUGUAAUUUUGUAAUUAUUGUACAUAAGAUGUUUUUAUUUUAACUGUAAAUGUCAAAUUACUGUUCACUGUAAAUUUUAGUAUGAUAAAUAUUAAAGUACUCUCUUUUUAUAUUGAACAAAGUGUGUCGGAAUUUUCUUUAUUGCGGCUGGGGAGGGAGAUGGGAUUGUUGGAUAGAAUAAUUUUUUUUUUCAAUACGAAGAAUAAUUUAGAGAAAUUGUAUAGUUUUCACAUUGGUGGAGUUUAUUGUUGACUGAUGCAGGUGCUGUGGCCAUGUGCCU